CGCAUGAACGAUGAUAUAACCAAUUUGUCUGAACCGGCUUUCAGAAAAUUUUGAACGUUCAUCCAUGCACGAUCGGUUAGCGAGUGCGGGGGUUAUAAGACCCGUGCAUACAUACAUAUGUACAUACGCUCGUUUACGUCGCGACGUUACUUGUAUACAUACGCGUUUGCGAGGAUCGGCGUCGCACCCGUAACGUAUCGAUCUUCGAGAUAACGGCGACCGACCGCGUGUAAUACAAAACUCUACAUAAUUUGGUGACGACAGUUUGAGAGUCAAGACGAGAGGCCGUGAUUAGCAGCCGUUUGCACUUCGCAUAUUUCCAAACGUCACGAAUGUGGCGAUGUAGCGACGAGUGUAUCACGAAAAUAGUUAAUAUCCAUUUUACCUUCGUCAUCUACGCGUCACUUGCUCAUUUCAUUCUGUUCUGUUUCCACUCGUUUAUGCGGAUGAUGUAAUAUCCCACACGCGGACACAUGGAGAUGUCAGAUGUUGUGUCAGCAUGUGAAAAAUAGGCGCAUAAGCGAGACGGUUAAUAACAGAAUAGCGAUCGCUCUGUAAUUUUAAAGGAAACACUUUACGGAUACGUAAAUUGCCGGCACGUGAACAUCUGACUUCCAAGGAUCACUACUCGUCUCGCAGAUGCUGGCCGGUAAGCCAGCUCUUAUUUUAUACAAUGACCGCUAGUGACGUACAAGGCUCCUUGAAGGAAGCUCUGUAUGAGACGUUAACUGGGAUUUUGUCGCCGCAUUACGAAACCCGUAAGGACGCGGAGCAGAGAAUUCAAGCUCUAGAAGUCACGGAGGAGUUUGGUAUACACCUAACGGAAUUUGUCGUCGAUCCCAACGGUCAUUUGCCGAUCAGGCAGUUAGCUUCCGUUUUGUUGAAGCAGUAUGUCGAAACGCACUGGUGUUCGUUGGCUGAGAAGUUCCGUCCGCCGGAGCUUAACAAUGCCGUUAAAGAGAGGAUCAAGGAGUUACUUCCCUUGGGACUCCGAGAACCUAUCAGCAAGGUACGAACCGCAGUGGCCUAUGCAAUAUCCGGUAUAGCACAUUGGGAUUGGCCUGAGAAUUGGCCUGGACUGUUCGAUGUUCUCGUCAGCUGUUUAAGGGAAGAGAGCGAGUGCGCGGUUCACGGAGCGAUGAGAGUGCUAACAGAAUUUAGCCGGGAUCUGACGGAUGCUCAGUUGCCUAAUGUAGGACCUGUUAUUCUUCAAGAGAUGUACAGGAUAUUCCAAAGUGAAAAUCAGUAUUCGAUUAGAACGCGCGGUCGUGCAAUCGAGAUUUUCAUAACGAUUACAACUUUGGUCGCUCAUACGGGAGCGUACGAGAAGGGAUUUAUAGAGCAGUAUCUACAGCCAAUCAUUCCUAUGUUCUGUGAGAAGUUUGUCGAGUGCCUCAGAGUGCCUAAUGGCCAAACUAGUGACUGUGGAUUCAAAACAGAUAUUAUUAAAGCUAUAAACUGUCUUGUUACGAAAUUGCCGAAAUAUAUAUCAGAUCUUUUACCUCAAAUGCUGCCACCCAUAUGGGAAACUUUGUGUCAAAGUGCAAAGACUUAUCAAGAGAUGACAGUCAACGCUGAUGAAGAUAUCGACGAUAAGGAAAUUGAUUCUGAUGGCGAAAUAAUUAAUUCCAACAGUCUGAUUAUUGCAAUCUUCGAGUUUGUCCAAACUAUCGUCGAUCGUAAAAGGUUUAUGAAUCUGCUGGAUAAUAUGCUACCAGAAAUCAUAUAUUAUUUAAUAGUAUUUAUGCAAAUAACGGUCGAUCAAAUUCAGCAAUGGACAACGAAUCCGAAUCAAUUUGUCGAGGAAGACGAGUGCACCUUCGAUUACAACGUCCGAAUCUCGGCGCAAGAAUUUUUAAUGGUUCUUACCAGUAAUUUUGAGGACAAAGCGGUGCAUGCUCUUUGCGAUGUAAUUACGCGACAUAUUGAAGCAACAAAGGCGCUUCAAGUUAACGGCGAUGGUAGCAACAGCAACGAAAGUUGGUGGAAAUUACGAGAAUCUUCUCUUUUGGCAUUGAGUCUUUCUAAGAACAUUGUUAUUGAAAAACAGCAGGCUGGAGUAUUGCAGUUCGAUAUUAUUAGGUUUCUAGAUACAGUUGUUUUGGGGAUGUUAAAUGAUUCAGAAUCGCCUCCGUUACUUCUCGGCCGUUGUGUAUGUCUCGGUGGACGAUACGCUAAGAUAAUGCCACCAGAAGUGAGUUCCCGAUUUCUAGAAGCGACAGUUAACGGUUUACAGGAGAAUCAACCACCUUGUAUACGCAUCAGUGCCGUUAAGGCGAUCUAUUGGUUCAGCGAGGCAUCCACUGGAAAGGAUUCUAUCAUCAACAUAAUACGUUGUCACAUGCCCAACAUUUUUCAAGGAUUGUUCAAUCUAGUUAGUCAACCUAGCACAGACGUUUUGACCUUGGUCAUGGAGACAUUUCAAACGCUAAUCUGGCAACAUAAAGAAUUUACAGCAUCAGUGGAAAGCAAGAUAUGUCCUUUGACAAUUGCAGUGUUUGUAAAGUUUCAUAAUGAUCCGACGAUCUUAGAUAUAUGCCAGGAUAUAUUUAAGGAUUUGACGCAGAAUCCAAGCUGCAUCGAGCCGCUGCAAACUCGUAUAAUACCGACUCUAACGAGCAUGAUGGCGAUAACUCCUAUGAAUAAAUCGAAGGAUGAGGGAUCUCGAGCUGUGGCGUUAGAUGUGUUGAAAGUUCUGGUGCAGUAUUCACCGACACCUUUAAGUAACGCUUUGGUGGAGACUGCUUUUCCGACUGCCUGUCACUGUAUUCUUAAUUCGGAAGACCACGCAACACUGCAGAACGGCGGGGAACUCAUACGCACGUAUUUAUCGGUUGCAGCGCAACAGGUCAUCGCACAUCGAGAUAACGAAGGACAAACCGGGUUACAAUACAUACUGCAGAUAAUCGCUCAACUCCUAAAUCCGCAGUCGAGCGAAUUCACUGCCACUUUUGUCGGACGUUUGGUCACGACGCUGAUCAGAAACGUAGGGGACACUCUGGGUGAAAAUCUCGACCUAUUGCUGAAAGCAGUACUGAGCAAGAUGCAGAGCGCGGAGACAUUAAUCGUGAUGCAAAGCCUGCUAAUGAUCUACGCGCAUCUUAUAAAUACGCAGUUUGACGCCGUGCUGAACUUUCUGUCGACCGUGCCUGGGCCCACGGGACAGAGCGCACUUGCGUUUGUAUUAUCUGAGUGGGUCAGCAGGCAGCACCUAUUUCUCGGUAGAUACGAUCGCAAAGUUGGGACGAUUGCAUUGUGUAAGGUUCUAGAAUACGGAGUCACUCACGGGGAUAGUAGAUUGGAUGAGAUCACAGUUAAGGGAGAUAUGAUCAUCUCAGGAAUCGAAGAUGGUGUGAGGACCAGAAGCAAAGCUGAAUCGCAGCCUUACGAAUGGACUACGGUGCCUGUACUUGUAAAGAUUUUUAAAGUAAUAAUCAACGAAUUGUCGAACGAUAUCGAAGUCGUUAGCGCUAGCCAAGAUACGGAAGUUUCUGACGACGAGGACGAAGAAGAAGAAGAUGAUGAUGACUUGAUAGAUCCCGGAAAUGAAAGUGCAAAUAUUUUACAAUUUGGAGGUGCAGAUGAAGAUAAUGAUGACGAAGAGGACCCCGAGUUAUUGCGGGACUCCAUCUACCAUUUGAACCUUGGCCAGUAUCUGCGCGAUUUCUUGUUAAACUUCUCCACUCAUCAUUGCUUCCGCAUGUAUAUCCAACACCUGAAUGUGCCAGAACUAAAAGUCUUGAAUAACAUAAAUAUCAAUGCUCACAUGUAAUAGGAAAAUUCAGAUAAUUGAAACAAUUUUUGAAUUUCAUAAUAAACGAACAGUCUUUUUUAUA